CUAAAUUACUGGUUGUUUUCAUUAACUAAUGCUUUUACAUGAUCAUAUAAACAGUAUAUAUAUCUUAUAAAGUAAUUGUGGAAUUAUUGAUUUUUGUUCCAAUGGGGGAGAUUGCUCCAAAUUCUUGGAUCAAGAGCCCAUCACCUGCCAGGUGUAUGCGUGUCACCGCUCUAGCCACAGCCAAUGAAAACGAGAGUUACUAAGUUGGCGGAAAGCAGAAGCCAAUUACAGCCUAGAUUUAACCUAUGAUGUCACGGGUUCGAGCGCCAAAACCCAGCAGCCAAUCAGCAGUCGUGACGUCACUUGACGAGCCAAUCAAAGCGCACAAUCACAAGCGUCACAGUGGUGGUGGUGCGGGAGAUGACGUGACGGCGCGCGCUCCUCUGGGUAAGGAUGCUCCAAAUCCUUGGAUCAAGAGUCCAUCACCAGCACUCAAAAAGCAAAUUGCUAAGUUGGCGGGAAGCAACAGCCAAUUACAGCCUAGAUUUAUCCUGACGUCACGGGUUGAGCGCCAAGACCCAGCAGUCGUGACGUCACUGUUGAUCAGCCAAUGAGCGCUCAGAUUACUACGUCAGUCUGGUGUCUGGUGCGGUAGCCCGCGUAAACUGGCGCCAUGCGUGGGAGGAGUGAGGGCGCGCGCUCCUCUGUUGAAACAGACGAGUUCAGCAGUACAGUUUUAGCCUUUAUGAAAUCUGAACUUCACAACCCCAGCAAGAUAUUUGAACUUCUCAACCCCAGCAAGAUAUUUGAACUUCUCAACCCCAGCAAGAUAUUUCAGCUUCACAACCCCAGUAAGAUAUUUGAACUUCUCAACUCCAGCAAGAUAUUUGAACUUCUCAACUCCAGCAAGAUAUUUGAACUUCUCAACUCCAGCAAGAUAUUUCAACUUCACAACCCCAGUAAGAUAUUUGAACUUCUCCACUCCAGCAAGAUAUUUCAACUUCACAACCCCAGCAAGAUAUUUGAACUUCUCAACCCCUGGAUGAUUUCAGCAGUAACCUCAUAACACUUAUAUUGGGCAAGUAGUUAGUUAAACCAAGACAACUAACAUGAAGUAAGUUAAUAUUUCUUCAUGUAUUCCUUGCUGUGUACUUUACCUUCUGUUAUAUUUAUUUUAUAUAAAACUGGUGCUGUAUAGCCCUUGUGGCUUAGCGCUUCUUUUUGAUUAUAAUAAUAAAACUGGUGUUUAUAAGAUUUAUAUUUUGGGAACAUGUUUGUGUGUGUGUGUUGCUCAUACCUGCGUGCUGCUCAUACCAGGAUGCUACACCUGGGUGCUGCUCAUACCUGGGUGCUGCACAUACCCGGGUGCUGCAUAUACCCGGGUGCUACACCUGGGUGCCGCUCAUACCUGGGUACUGCUCAUACCUGGGCUGUUUAUACCUGGGUGCUGCUCAUACCUGGGCUGUUUAUACCUGGGUGCUGCUCAUCUCCAGGUGCUACACCUGGGUGCUGCUCAUACUUAGGCUGUUUAAACCUGGGUGCUGCUCACACCUGGGUAGCACUUGGGCUAUCAGCCUGGGUAGCACUGGGGCACUAUCAGCCUGGGUAGUGCUUGGGCUAUUAUUAGCCUGGGUAGCACUUGGGCUAUCAGCCUGGGUAGCACUGGGGCACUAUCAGCCUGGGUAGCACUUGGGCUAUUAUCAGCCUGGGUAGCACUUGGGCUAUUAUCAGCCUGGGUAGCACUUGGGCUAUUAUCAGCCUGGGUAGCACUUGGGCUAUUAUCAGCCUGGGUAGCACUUGGGCUAUUAUCAGCCUGGGUAGCACUUGGGCUAUUAUCAGCCUGGGUAGCACUUGGGCUAUUAUCAGCCUGGGUAGCACUUGGGCUAUUAUCAGCCUGGGUUGCACUUGGGCUAUCAGCCUGAGUAGCACUUGGGCUAUUAUCAGCCUGGGUAGCACUUGGGCUAUUAUCAGCCUGGGUAGCACUUGGGCUAUUAUCAGCCUGGGUAGCACUUGGGCUAUUAUCAGCCUGGGUAGCACUUGGGCUAUUAUCAGCCUGGGUUGCACUUGGGCUAUCAGCCUGGGUAGCACUGGGGCACUAUCAGCCUGAGUAGCACUUGGGCUAUUAUCAGCCUGGGUAGCACUUGGGCUAUUAUCAGCCUGGGUAGCACUUGGGCACUCAGCCUGGGUAGCACUGGGGCAAUAUCAGCCUGGGUAGCACUGGGGUACUAUCAGCCUGAGGCUACUGUCACCCUAGGUAGUACUGUCCUGCUUAAUGUAUGAAACUGGAUCUUGCAUUUAUUUAAACUGCCAACCAUAUUGUUUUAAACCAUUUUAUACUGCCAAUUGUUUUAUAUCUUCUAAUGUUUUAUACCUUCUAAUGUUUUAUACCUUCUAAUGUUUUAUACCUUC